UGGAUAUCUCGGCCGACGGCAAUGGCGACGACGUCAUCUUGCAGGUCUUUUCGCCGGCCUCGCCCUCGCCUUCGGCGUCGUCGUCGACGACGACGGCGACGGCGAUGGCGACGUCGACGAGCGAGGCCGUGCACCCCUCGCAUGGCCCAUCUGGGCCACUUUUUCGUUCCAGCCGAGUUCUGACGGCCCCCAGACGCAGCGAACGACGCAUAGCGCCUCGAGACGUCGAGCCCCGCGGGGGAGGGCUCCAGGACGGUCUCCAGUUCGCCGACUGUGCGGGCAUGCCGAUCGCAGCCGCCAGCAUGACCCAGGCUGGCGGGAUCCUGGGCUCGCCAGCGCCGGAGCUGGACAUUGCCACCGCCAACGGCGAGGUGGUGGGCAAGACCUCCGCAGAGG